AUGAAUAGGACAGCGUUUGUUGCUGCUGUUUCUACUACUACUACUACUACUACUACUACUACUACUACUACUACUACUACUACUACUACUACUACUACUACUACUACUACUACCACCACCACCACCACUACUGCUGCUGCUGCUGCUGCUGUUGCUGCUGCUGCUGCUGCUGCUGCUGCUGCUGCUGCUGCUGCUGCUGCUGCUGCUGCUGCUGCUGCUGCUGCUGCUGCUGCUGCUGCUGCUGCUGCUGCUGCUGCUGCUGCUGCUGCUGCUGCUGCUGCUGCUGCUGCUGCUGCUGCUGCUGCUGCUGCCAAUACUAUCACAGGGGGCUCCGAGGCAGCUCCGAGGCCGACGGCAGAAAAAGUUCAUCAGGCCCCAACCAGCCAUUAUUACUGUGCCAGCUCGAAGUUCAGGAGUGCACUGGACUCAUGUCCAGCCAUGACCAAUCAGUGA